GGCGGCAGGCGGCGGUGGUGUAGAUCGCUGAGAGACUACGAGGGUCCGGUUCAGUUUUAAUUCUGUCUCUAAUCUCUGCUACGGCGGCGCUUCCCGGGUCCCGCGGCUCCCGCGCCCGCUCCGCCGGCCAGCGACCGGGCCACCACCCUCACAGCCCCCGCUGCCCUCUCACCCACCAUGGAAACCCUCCAAGAAAAAGUGGCUCCGGAAGCGCGUGCCUGAGGAUUCCGCACAAAAGAGGUGCCCAAAAUGAAGACCCUGGUGCGCCAUGGUCUGGCAGUGUGUUUAGCGCUCACCACCAUGUGCACCAGCUUGUUGCUCGUGUACAGCAGCCUCGGCGGCCAGAAGGAGCAGCCCGCGCCACCGCAACCCCCGGCGCCGGCGACCGGCAGCGCGCAGCCCGCGGCGGACAGCAGCCCCCAGCCGCGCCUCGCGGCCCCAGCGGCACCGCGGCAGCUGGACGGGUAUCUCGGCGUGGCCGACCACCAGCCCCUGAAAAUGCACUGCAAGGACUGUGCCCUUGUGACGAGUUCAGGACACCUGUUGCGCAGCCGGCAAGGCCCGCAGAUUGACCGGACUGAGUGUGUCAUCCGCAUGAACGACGCCCCCACCCGCGGCUACGGGCACGACGUGGGCAACCGCACCAGCCUGCGGGUCAUCGCGCAUUCCAGCAUCCAGCGCAUCCUCCGCAACCGCCACGACCUGCUUAACGUGAGCCAGGGCACCGUGUUCAUCUUCUGGGGCCCCAGCAGCUACAUGCGGCGCGACGGCAAAGGCCAGGUCUACAACAACCUGCAGCUCCUGAGCCAGGUGCUACCGCGGCUGAAGGCCUUCCUGGUCACGCGCCACAAGAUGCUGCAGUUCGACGAGCUAUUCAAGCGGGAGACAGGCAAAGACAGGAAGAUCUCCAACACGUGGCUCAGCACUGGCUGGUUCACCAUGACGAUUGCGCUGGAGCUGUGCGACAGGAUCGAUGUGUAUGGCAUGGUGCCCCCAGACUUCUGCAGGGAUCCUAAUCACCCUUCAGUACCCUACCAUUACUAUGAACCUUUUGGACCUGAUGAGUGCACCAUGUACCUCUCCCAUGAGCGGGGGCGGAAGGGCAGUCACCACCGCUUCAUCACGGAGAAGAGAGUAUUUAAGAACUGGGCACGGACAUUCAAUAUUCAUUUUUUUCAACCAGACUGGAAACCAGAGUCGCCUGCUGUAAAUCAUCCGGAGAAUAAACCUGUGUUCUGAGGAAUGGGCAUGCAAGAUCAUUAAGCCCAGACCAUGUAAUACCUGGUACCCACAGCAUCAGAGUUCUGGAGCCACCAGACAGAAACUGGAAGCAGAGAAGCAGUCUCUCCUUCAGCACCAUGGACAGCUGCCUAGCUACGCGCCCAAGGCUCACUGUAGCUGGCUUGUGCCAACAAAUUCCAGAGUUAAGGCGUCCCAAGGAGUGCUGCCACUUUCAAAGGAGUCACAUUAGUAACUGAGCACUCAUUUCAGCGACGCUACUGUGGCUAAAAGCAGUUUGGAUCUCUUUCCGUUGCCUUUGAAACAGAAACAAGCAACUCAACAGUGGUUGUAUUCCUUUAUAGAAACACCUCAUCAAAAGACAUUUUUCUACCAAGUUGUAUUCUAUCGCCCAAUCUAUAUAACAUUUGUCCUUUGUUGGACUGUUUGUGUGAUUUGUAAAAAGCAGCCUGAAAGUACAGACAUGGUUUUCGAAGAGCACAUCACCACGGACUGACUUUCAUAAGGCAAAUGUCCAAUAUUUAUUUAUUGAGAGUUUUUUAGUGCACACUAGGCCAGUAUUUUUAUACAGUAUGAUUCUGUGGUAAUUUAUUCCUCCUAACUUGCCUCUUCACUGAUGGUUGGAAAUGGCCUGGAAUUGGGCUGAUGAGCCUCUGUGUUCACAAAGCUGACUGUUAGCAUGCACUGGUAUUUGACUUGAAAAUGUUGUGUAAUGUGUUUCUGAACCCCUAGGCUUCAGGCAAAUUGCUGUGUCAUAGCGAGAACAUCUAUAACAUUUUCUAAUGUAUAGACAUGCUCCAAAAGGACAAAAUUGAAAACUAAAAACUGUUAUUAAAGCAAAAAGAUGCUAACAAGAAACCUUAAAGAUAGUUUUCUUUAGUAACAUCUGUUUUUGUUUUUUUGUUUUUUUUGGUUUUUUUUUUUUUUUUUUUUUUUUUGGUUUUUUCCCUUUUUAUCGGUACCAGGGAUUGAACUCAUGACUGCCUGCUUGCAAGGCAGGCGCUUAUGCCGCUGAGCUAAAUCCCCAGCCCCUAGUAACAUCUGUUAUAAGUAACUUUUCUUAAGCCCUCUUUUCCUCUUCUUUAAAAUGAUGUCGCUGUCCUGGAAGAUCUCUUAGGUUUUGUUCCAAAUCUAAAACUCUGUAUGUCCUUCAUAGACUUGUUUGAAGACUCUUUAUAUUUGGAACAAUAGGAUUCCAACUUUAGUGAGGACCAUAUUCUGGGGACAUUUUAUACUCCAGUAGUACUUAUCUCCCUCUGUGGGUAAAGCCCUUCCUCCUGGACAGACCCCAUUGACUAAACCUAUCCCCUGCUUCUUUGGAAGCAAAACACACUUUUCUAAAAGGUUCCCGGACUGCAAGGAGCUGCCCUUCUAUGAGGAGAAAAGAACAGGAAAUGUUUCUCUCUCGUAUGGCUCAUUAGCUUAUGUGCUGUUCAGACUCGCUGCAAAUCUUAAAUUAUAUUCACUAACUCCUUGGUCUGAAACACGAGGAAAGACUGAAUUUAUACAAAGUAAGAUCAGUUAGCAUGAUAGAUUUUCAUUUCAAUAAGUAAUAUUGCCCAAAAAUAGUCUUUUAAGAAUAUACUAGUGCUUUUUUUUUUACAUUGCUUUGGAGGCAUUAGUUCUGUAAAGCAAAAUUGGAAGGUGCCAGCAAAUACUAUGUAUGGAGACUGCCAUGACUCAAUUUGUGAUUUAAGGUCUCUCCCUUACCAGUUCUUUUUCCUCUUCUUAGAACAAAGAUUCCACUCCCUUUCACUAACUAGUACUGUUAGCUAUACGGAGUGCUGAAAGGCAGAUACAGUCCAAGGAUUCACACAACAAACACAAAGUUCAUAUUAUUUUUAAGGUAUAGAUUGAAUUGUCAAAAGACAAUGAAAUGCUAAAAUAGCUGCCUAAAGCAGCCGGAAUUCAUGUUUUAAAAUUUCCUCAUAGUUCUGGAACUAUGAAUUUCACUCCAACACAGUGUGUUUACUGUAUGGAAUCUGAACAUAUAAUGUUUCUAUCAGCAUAAAAAGGAUAUAAAUUUUAUGCAACUGAUUUAUAGGCCAUACUUAGGAUCACAUGAAAAGAUUGUUUUGCUCAGAUGUCAACUCUUUAACAAGUCGUAUUCUUAUGGCAAUGUGGAAAGGCAUAGUUACAAAGACAUAACAAUGUUCUCUUACCUCUUUGUGGAUUUUUAGGUUGCUCUUUGUAAAAAUUAUUAGGAUAGCUCCAUAUUUUUGUAACUUCUGCCUCUGAAAUACUCAAAAGAGUAGAAAGCAACACACUUCAAAAGUUUUGGCUGCACUAGGAAAUGUUUCAAAUCCACAUGGAACUAGAAUUUGUGAAUUAAUAUAGGUUUUUAAAUAUGGUACCAAUAAGUAUAGGAAAUUAUCACUUGGGUGGUGGUUUUUAUUGCAACAUUAAACAAAAUGCCUAGAAUCCUGAUGGAUUGUACUGAGGGACCUGCUUGUGGGCGACUGAAUUCUUGUCUUGCCACUGUCAUUUCAUGACUGCUGGACUUAACACCCAUGCAAUAGCAUUAAACAUAACUCUGAUAUAAAAGAUGAUUACCAAACCAUGUUUACAGACCUCAGUGGUUUCAGUACAUUUGAAGCCUAAGUCAGAUUGCUUCUGUAACCCACCUUUCUCUCCCCUCCCUAGCUGUGUCAUCAGCUUCUUCCUAGAUUUUAAGACCCCAGAAAUCCAAUGCCACAGCUGGCCGACCCCUGGCUUCUGUUAUUUCAAUGCAAGAACAUUUGGCAGGGGCCAUUACAGUAGAUAGCCAUUACGGGCAAAGUUACAGGAAUUCACAAACAAAAUCAAUCACUUCAAAUGGCCCAUAAAAAGAGGAAUCUCACAUUUAAUAUUCUACAGUAAAUAUUCACCCAAGAAAGCGUACAUUUAAAGAACAUUAGGAGGUAAAUAUUCAGCGCACUGCGUGGGGACUUUCUGUGUGAUUUCCAUUACCGUUAAUGGGUGUUCGGCAACUUAAGUCCCUGUGCUUCGCUAACCCUGGAAUGCACUCCUGAGGGCUAGACGUUAAACUGGCGCAGUUUGGGAGCUCCAAGGUCCUAGGCUUUUAAAGUUCAGUGUUUCCUUUUAACAACUUAAUAUGAAGCACAAAGUAGCAUACCUAAAAGAGAAAUCUGUGCAGCCUCUUGGAAUUCCAAAUGACGCCUCUUAUCAGAUGACCUUUGUUUUCCAAACGUUUUCUCCAUUAAUGAUCUUUCUAAAUUACUUUAGAAUGGAGAGGAAUGGUCUUGUUUUUGAGACAAACACUCCCCCUCCAAGACUAAAAUGAUGAUUUAGAAGCUAAAUGGAUGCUAAACAAAAGUGGAAGGAGAAAUUUGAACCUUAGUUAGGUUUAAGACAGUGCCAUUUAAAUGCACAUGCCCUAGUAUUUUUCCAUGUGUGAGAGUGACCUUAUUCCAGAAAAUGCCCGGACUCCACAGGGGAGAUGAUUACAGUUCUGAAAUCAACCUCCUCCUAGAGAAGAUCCACCGUCCUCUUCUAUCUCUGCAUGGCUCCUACCUGACCCAAUCAUUUCUUUCAUCUUCAAGUUUUCCUCUUAAGCAGCGCUCUGUCUCUUUGACAUCAUUCUCUCCUGACUUUGUUCCUAUGUGUUGGUGUGAUCUCAAACCAGCCGCCUUUGGGGCUGCCAGGGUCUUCCUCAUGUUUUAAAACUAGAGCCCUGCCUGGGGACAGGUUUGGAGCAGAGCCUGCCGCAGUGACGACCUGAGAAGGUGGAAAGAGUCCAUUGUGGCUGCAGGAUGAGCUCCUUCAGGAGCGCCCUCCUGGUGGGGACGGGGCUGGGAAAGAGCAAAGAGAAGGGAGUUCCAUGGUGCAGAUUUUCUAUGCUAAAGCCAGGGCAGUCCUGGGGAAACCAGGAUGUGGGCUGCCCUCUGAGAGGCUAAAAUCAGAAGCAGGGUGUGGGGGAGGCGGGGAGGAGUGAACCACUCAGCACAGAGUAGGAGAUAAUGGGAAUAGAAAGAGGUAAGAGAGUCCUAGGACGAAAACCAAACAGAUUGUUAUCUCUAUUCUAGCCCACUCACCACCACCCCCCACCUACUCAGGGUAUUGAAAAGCCAGUGCAAAAUACAUAAGUAAAUAAAAGACAAAUCCUGUUUGUUUCUAUUCGGUGCCCUAAUAUUAUAUACUACCUUGUACUGUCUUUUGUCUUCUUAUAUAUGUGUCCUAUUAGACUAGAUUGUAAGCUCCAUGAGGGUAAGGACUGUUUCUCUUUUGUCUUUGUAGCCCCACACCUAGUACAGUGCCUUGCAUACAAUAGGCACUCAAUAAAUGUCUGUUGUUGAUCAUAA